AUGCUUCGCCGAAGUCAUAAAAAGUCUAAGAAGGGAUGUGCACAAUGUCUGAUCAGCAAACGACGUCAUGUCAAGUGCGAUGAAGGCCGUCCAACAUGUCUCCUCUGCACAAUGUCAAACCGAGAGUGCAGUUUCGCCUCCGACCUGCAACCACCACAAGACACAAACUCAUCGACCUCAGAAUUAUCAUCUCGCGAAGGGUCACUCCUCAACCCUGACACCAGCCUCAUAUCAACAAGCGCGACAUCUCUCUCCGACAGUCAUGAAUCGUCUUUUGAUAGCGUUGUCAACAUGGAGCAUAUGGAGCUCUUCAUCCAUGGGAUAACAAGCAAAGACCUGUUCAGCCUUGGUGAUAAAGUCGAGCAUUCUCAAGAGAUGCUUGAUAUCUGGCUUAAAGAGAGCGUCAAGGCACCGUAUCUUUUGCAUCAAGUGCUGGCAUUUUCUGCACGCCAUCUAGCGGCUAUUCGUCCCGAGCGUUCAGCAAGUUACUUGGAUCAGGCUGUAAAGUUACAGACGCGAGCUGUCUCUCUGUUCAAUUCUACGAAACGGGAGGUUGAUUCAUCAAAUUGUCUUCCUAUUCUCUUGUUCUCAGUUACCCUUGGCCAUCACCUCCUCGCCGACGCCUUGACUACCCGAACUCCAGAUGGUCUUUAUGGGUUUCUUACUCAUUAUAUUCAGUGCGUCGAGAUGAACCGAGGUUUGUAUCGUUUAACUGUCUCCGCAUGGCCUUUACUCCUCAACACGGAGCUCGAACCAGUUCUGUCAUGGAGCAGCCGACAAUCCUCCAAAGACCCCGUAGGGAACCACUGCGAACCCAUAAUCCAGCUCAUCAAUGACUCAGCGGCUCUGUCAAAUGAAGAAAAAGAAGUCUGCCAUGAGGCAAUACAGUACCUCCAGCUUGGUUUGGAUGCCAUGUUCGAAGAGGACGAUGGCAGUCGAUAUCGCAUGAUAUUCCAAUGGACGAUGCUAGCGUCCCCAGGACUGACAAGUUUGCUAGCUACAAAACGGCCAGAAGCUUUGAUCCUGCUAGGCUAUUACGCCUUGUUAUUGCACCACGGACGAAGUCUCUGGCAGGUUGGAGAUACAGGGGUAUACUUGCUAGGGCUCAUCGUGGACUAUCUUGCACCAGAGUGGCAUAUCUGGCUAGAUUAUCCACGACGAAUGAUGCGACAAAAGUGA